AUGGGCAGCGUGCUCGGCGCGUUGCUCCACCGGCGGUCUGGGGGAAGGCCGCCGGCGCAGGGGCAGCAGGGCACGAGGCACCAGCCCCGGGGUCUCACCCGGCAGCCGUCGGACUACGACGCCACCGCCGCCGCAGCCGGCGGGCACCGGAGGGCGAUGCUGUCCAAGAAGUACUCGUACAUACCCGACACCUUCACGUCGCUUGAUCAGGUGGCGGCGGCGCUGCGGGAGCAGGGUCUGGAGUCGUCGAACCUGAUCCUGGGCAUAGACUUCACCAAGAGCAACGAGUGGACAGGGAAGCAGUCGUUCGGCGGGCAGAGCCUGCACAGGAUCGGCAACGACACGCCCAACCCCUACGAGCAGGCCAUCAGCAUCAUCGGCAAGACGCUGGCUCCCUUCGACGAGGACAACCUCAUCCCCUGCUUCGGCUUCGGCGACGCCACCACCCACGACUACAACGUCUUCAGCUUCCACCCCGACAACUCGCCCUGCCACGGCUUCGAGGAGGUCCUCGCCUGCUACCGCAAGAUCGUGCCGCACCUCAGGCUUUCAGGGCCGACGUCGUUCGCGCCCAUCGUGGAGGCGGCCGUGGACAUCGUGGACAGGAGCGGAGGGCAGUACCAUGUCCUCGUCAUCGUCGCGGACGGGCAGGUGACCAGGAGUGUCGACACCGGUGACGGCGACCUGAGCCCGCAGGAGAAGAGAACGGUGGACUCCAUUGUCAUGGCAAGCUCCUACCCGCUGUCCAUCGUGCUGGUUGGGGUCGGGGACGGGCCCUGGGACGACAUGCGCAGGUUCGACGACAAGCUCCCCGCGCGCGACUUCGACAACUUCCAGUUCGUGAACUUCACCUCCAUCAUGUCUCGGGCAGCCACCGCGCAGCAGAAGGAGUCGGCGUUCGCGCUCGCCGCGCUCAUGGAGGUGCCCAUCCAGUACAAGGCCACCAUGGAGCUCGGCAUCCUGGGGCGACCCACGGGGAACGCCAAGAGAGUGUCCCCUGCGCCGCCGCCUCUGCCGCACGCGCAGAGGCAGUCGUCGUUGAGGAGGGAAGCCAGCAAUGUUGGCGCCGCCGCAGCGCCAAGAGAUGAUCAGGUGUGCCCAAUCUGCCUGACCAAUGCCAAGGAUCUAGCAUUCGGAUGUGGCCAUAUGGUGAGGACAGAUUCAGAGCUUCUAUUUUCCAUUAUUUAUUACAAAUCCAAUGCAAUUGCAACCUUUAGAAACCAAGGAAAAGAAAAACCUCAUUUAUAUCCUAAUUUUCUUGUGCAUACGAGCAACAGACCUGCAGGGAGUGUGGGGAGAGCCUCACCAGAUGCCCGAUUUGUCGACAGCCGAUACGGUCAAAGCUGA